UAUUUAAGAUAACUCUCCCUUAUCCUUUAUUUCUCUGAUUCAACGGUCAUGGCUUCUUACGGUGUUGUGGAGAAUAUGUUUGUCCAAGAGCUUGCCAGGAAUGGACAAGAUCCACCCCUUCCAUACAUCGCAAGGGAAGAUGACAGACCAACGAAUGUUUCUUCUCCGGCUUCUCCCAUCCCAGCCGUAGAUCUUGAGUUGCUUUUCUCCUCGGAUGGUGAUUCACAGACGAGUGAGAUGUACAAGCUGAGAUCUGCUCUCCAUUCGUGGGGCUUGUUUCAGGCAAUUGGUCAUGGAAUUCCGAGUUCAUUAAUCGAUGAUGUGGGUAAAAUAGCAAGAGAAUUCUUUCAUCUUCCAACAGAGGAGAAAAGAAAGUACUCUAAAGCAGUUUGGCGUGAAGGAAAUGAGACUGAUGAAAUUGCUAUAGAAGGCCAAGUCAUUGAAUGGUGUGACCACCUUUACUUACAGGUACUACCAGAAGAUGAGAGGGAUUUGUCGUGUUGGCCUGAAAAUCCAAGCUCUCUCAGGGAAAUCUUGAAUGAAUAUACAAAGAAGAUAAAGGUGGUGAUUGAGGUAACCCUUAAAGCCAUGGCAAAGUUGUUGGAUUUGGAAGAGGACUACUUUAUAAAGCAGAUCGGGGACAAGGCUACAACGUUCGCGAGGUUUAACUACUACCCACGUUGUUCGCGGCCUGAUCUUGUUCUUGGUAUCAAAUCCCAUUCGGAUGGAAGCAGAAUCACCAUUCUUUUGCCGGAUCAAAUGGUGGACGGUCUUGAGGUCCUCAAAGAUGGCCAGUGGGUCAACGUUCAUGCCAUUCCCUAUGCUCUCAUCAUCAAUGUAGGCGACCAAAUGGAGAUAAUGAGCAAUGGAAUUUUCAAGAGCCCGGUGCAUCGAGUGGUGACAAAUUCAGAGAAGGAAAGGAUCUCUUUGGUCAUGUUUUUAGUAGUUGAUGGGGAAAAAGAGAUCGGCCCUGCAGAUGGAUUGAUUGAUGAGGACAAGGGGCAGCCGAGAUUGUACAAGAAGUUGAAGGUGAAAGAAUAUCUUGAAGUCUUCUACCGAAACUCUUUGCAAGGAAAGAGAUCAAUCGAUUGGGCCAAAGUUUGAAAAGUUUCAAAGUAUGUGGUGUAAUAUAUCGUAGAGAUAUGGUUGUUUCAGCAGUGAGUUGUGAGGUAGGAUGGGUAUUUUGAAGGGGAACAAAAGAUAAUGGAAUACGAUCUGAUAAAAAUUAGUUGUA